GUUCCGUUACAUUAUCCUGAAGCAGAAGUUUUUAGAAGCUUUAUGUGUUAACAAUGCAAUGUCAUCAGAAGAUGAGCCCCAGCAUCUGGAAUUUACCAUGCAAGAAGCCGUGCAAUGUUUACAUGCCCUGGAAGAGUACUGCCCUUCUAAAGAUGACUAUAGCAAGCUCUGUUUGCUUUUGACUUUGCCUCGUCUGACCAAUCACGCUGAAUUUAAGGACUGGAAUCCCAGCACAGCACGAGUUCACUGUUUCGAAGAGGCUUGUGUCAUGGUUGCAGAAUUCAUUCCUGCUGAUAGAAAGCUGAGUGAGGCAGGUUUUAAAGCAAGUAAUAAUCGUUUAUUUCAGCUUGUAAUGAAAGGCCUACUUUAUGAGUGCUGCGUAGAAUUUUGUCAAAGUAAAGCAACCGGAGAAGAAAUCACAGAAAGCGAAGUACUUCUUGGCAUCGACCUCUUAUGUGGCAAUGGUUGUGAUGAUUUGGAUCUGAGUUUAUUGUCAUGGCUUCAGAAUCUCCCCUCUUCUGUCUUCUCUUGUGCUUUUGAACAGAAAAUGCUUAAUAUUCAUGUUGAUAAACUCCUGAAACCCACAAAAGCUGCAUACGCUGAUCUUUUGACUCCUCUUAUCAGCAAACUUUCUCCCUAUCCAUCAUCUCCAAUGAGAAGGCCUCAAUCAGCUGAUGCCUAUAUGACCCGCUCUCUGAAUCCUGCUUUAGAUGGCCUCACUUGUGGACUGACCAGUCACGAUAAGAGAAUCUCAGACCUUGGGAACAAAACUUCUCCAAUGUCACACUCCUUUGCUAACUUCCAUUAUCCAGGGGUACAAAACCUCAGUAGAAGUCUCAUGCUUGAGAAUACAGAAUGUCACAGUAUUUAUGAGGAAUCCCCUGAACGAAGUGAUACACCUGUGGAGGCACAGCGACCUAUCAACAGUGAAAUCCUGGGCCAGAGUUCAGUUUCAGAAAAGGAGCCUGCAAAUGGAGCACAGAAUCCAGGACCAGAUAGGCAAGAAAAGAAUGAGCUUCGAGACUCAACAGAACAAUUUCAAGAAUAUUAUAGGCAAAGAUUACGCUAUCAACAGCAUUUAGAACAGAAGGAGCAGCAGCGACAGAUAUACCAGCAGAUGCUCCUUGAAGGAGGUGUCAAUCAGGAGGAUGGGCCUGACCAGCAGCAGAACCUCACCGAACAGUUCCUUAAUAGGUCCAUUCAAAAGCUUGGUGAAUUAAAUAUUGGAAUGGAUAGCCUUGGUAGUGAGGUGUCCACACUCAACCAGCAAUGUAAUGGGAGCAAAAGCAAUGGAUCUAAUAAUUCUUCUAUCAUUAGUUUUUCUACACCACCCCAAGAUUCUAGCCAGAGAUUAACACAUGAUGCUUCAAAUAUUUACACGAGCACUCCUCGUAAUCCGGGAUCCACAAAUCACAUACCUUUUCCUGAGGAAUCCUCUUGUGGAAACCAAGUCUCAUCAGAACAUUUGGUCAUUAAGCCUCCUCCUGGAGAUUCUUCAGGGAAUCUGUCAAGAUCAAGAGGGGAAGAGGACGACAAAUCAAAAAAGCAGUUUGUUUGCAUUAAUACCCUGGAGGACACACAGGCUGUUAGAGCAGUGGCUUUCCAUCCAGGUGGUGGUCUGUAUGCUGUUGGUUCAAAUUCAAAAACUCUGCGAGUAUGCGCCUAUCCAGAGGUCAUUGACCCAAGGUAUGGACAGACGGCUGGUUGUACUGCCAGUCUUGGUUCAGUGUUUAUUUUAGCUACAUUGGUCCCUUUUGCAGAAUUGUCAUUCG